AUCAGACUCAAGCAGAACGACUGGCAGGAUGACAAUGGCCUCAUGCACUGCUGCGGCGACUGUGGCACUUGCAUGCUGGGCUGCUUCGUGCCUUGCGUGUUGAUCAAUAAGACCCAAAAUAUCCUCGAGGACCCCUCCGAACACCCCAGCGGUUGCGGCAGUUUUGGUGGCCUGUCUUGCUUUCUCAGCCUGUUUGGGCUGACUGGCGUCACUCCGUGCAUCCAGAGAAGGCAAAUUCGUCUUAUGUACGGGAUAGAGGGCAACUGCUGUUGCGACGCCCUCGUUACUGGGUGCUUGCCCUGCUGUGCUGUCAUCCAGAAUUACAAGGAAGUCGAUUUUCGCCGUGACAACCAGAACGCGUGGGGCAUCAAAGACGGUUACAAGCGCCAACUUCCCAUGCAGCAU